AUGCAGGCCAAGCCAGCAAACCGUGAGACGUAUGACUUCGGUGCCGAUCCUCACCUCGCGACGCCCCUCGACCUGUCUCUACCCCUCGAUACUUGCUCUCGGUACGUCCCGGGCAUUCAGCCCGUUCCACCAUCCCAACCUGUCCGCUCUGCGCCUCAGAUCAUCCAGCAGGAGGAAUGGAUGAUCUCGGCACGCUGUGGGGAAUCUAAUCGGGACGGUGGACGAAGAGGUCACGUGCCCGGUGUGGCAAACUGGAACUGA